CCGGGACAUUCCGACACUACAGUUCCACACCGAGCAUCAGUCAGUUAAUCGUCAGAGCACACUUUAACUCUUCCAGACCAUAAUCUAUCAUUGCACAUCAGUUUAAACUCCAGCUCCCGUCAUGACUCUCCGGUUCGUCCUGUGCGUGAUGGCACUGCUCGUCUGCCCGCAUCUGGUCGCCGGGUCUCGGAUAGCCAAACUCUUCGCCAUCGGCUGCUCGGAGAAGUGCGACAAGUCCAAGUGCGCGCCGAUCCCCGCAGACUGCUUGGCCGGCGACGUGCUGGACAGCUGCGACUGCUGCCCGGUGUGCGCGUCCGGAGAGGGCGAGCAGUGCGGCGGCCCCGAGGAGCUGGAGUGCGCAGAGGGGAUGCAGUGCGCUGUCUCCGGCGGCGUGGAGGUGUCGGCCACCGUGAGGCGCAGGGGGAAGGCCGGCGUGUGCAGCUGCACCAUCUCCGAGCCGGUGUGCGGCAGCGACGGUGUCUCGUACCGGAACAUCUGCGAGCUGAAGCGCGUCAGCAACCGGGCGAUGAAGCUGCAGCAGCCGCCGGUGAUUUUCAUCCAGAGAGGAACCUGCGGGAAAGGUCAGCAGAACCCUGACAGUCUUCGUUUGAAGUACAACUUCAUCGCUGACGUGGUGGAGAAGAUCGCACCUGCUGUCGUUCAUAUUGAACUGUACAGAAAGAUGAUAUUCUCUAAGCGUGAGGUGGCGGUGGCCAGCGGCUCUGGGUUUGUUGUGUCCGAAGACGGCCUCAUUGUCACCAACGCUCACGUGGUGGCCAACAAGCACCGAGUCAAGGUGGAGCUGAAGAGCGGAGCGACAUACGACGCCAAGAUCAAAGAUAUAGAUGAGAAGGCCGACAUCGCUCUGAUCAAGAUCGAUGUACCGACGAAGCUGCCGGUGCUGAUGCUGGGCCGGUCGGCGGACCUUCGUCCCGGCGAGUUCGUGGUCGCCAUAGGCAGCCCGUUCUCCCUGCAGAACACCGUAACCACCGGCAUCGUCAGCACCACUCAGAGGGGAGGCAAGGAGCUGGGCCUCCGCAACUCCGACAUGGACUACAUCCAGACAGACGCCAUCAUCAACUACGGCAACUCAGGAGGACCACUAGUCAAUCUGGACGGAGAGGUGAUCGGCAUCAACACCCUGAAGGUCACAGCAGGAAUCUCCUUCGCCAUCCCCUCAGACAAAAUCAGACAGUUCCUGGCAGAGUCACAUGAAAGACAGAUCAAAGGUAAAACAUUCCAGAAGAAGAAAUACAUCGGCGUCAGAAUGAUGAGUCUCACUUCAUCGCUGGCUAAGGAGCUGAAGGAGAGGCAGUCAGACUUCCCAGAUGUCACCUCCGGGGCGUACGUCAUUGAGGUCAUCAGUCGGACUCCAGCUGAGGCAGCUGGCCUGCAGGAGAAAGACGUCAUCAUCAGCAUCAACGGUGAGCAAAUCACAUCGGCCAGUGAUGUCAGUGCCGCCAUAAAGCGGGAAGACACGCUGCGAACGGUGGUGAGGCGAGGCAACGAGGACAUCCUCCUCACCGUCGUCCCCGAGGAAAUCGAACCCUGACCUCUCAGCUGAAAGAGCAAACAAUCAACAAACCAACCAGAGCUGGCUCUCAGUGUUUUUCAACCAAACAUGAACACUUUGAAAAACCAAGCAUCCAAUAGGGGAGUGUGCCUCUGGGACCACGCCCACUGCAUUUAAGAACUCUGAUUAUUAGCACUGCUCUUCCAUGCUGUUACGCUCGCUCGCACCUUCAAAGGUCAAACUUUAUGACCCUGGGAACUCAGGCUUCAACCCUGUACUCAUACUUCUCAUAUUAGUUUUUUCUUCUAAUCCAUCAUUUUACUUAUCAUCAUCACAGAUCUUUUUAUAUUCUACUAACAGUAUCUGGCGCUAUAACGAUUUAACUGCAGGUUACCGUAGUUCUGUUUUGUUGUGUAUGUUCUUGAUGGAAUAAUUUUUUUGAAUAGUAUUUUUGUCCUUGUGUGUUUGAUGACAUUUUUUUCAAAAAAUGGGAAUAAAAUUAUUUUCAAAAGUGUUGUUUUUAUCGAUGAUGUCUAUGGAAUAACUGUCAGUUGAUAUUUAAUCUCAAGCAUGUUCCUCCAUCAGCCAAAAGGAACUAACAUUAAGUAUAACAGAGUUUUGUACUAGCUUUGAAUAUCCUCUACAACCUUACACAUUUUUGUUAAAGACAAACAUUCCUGAAUGAGGGCUAAAGGUUGCAGGUUCCUCAUGGAGCGUACUAGGAUCCCCUGAGCUUUUGAAGACAUGUUGAGGUUUCAACCCUCUUGUUCUUUGUGGAGUGUUUUCUGUUUCAGCAUCAUCAUGUAUUUGGUUGGUUAACCCUACAACCAACAGCUAAUAUUCUCAAUAAUUAAGGUUCGACCCUGUUGCACCAGAUUCUUCCACUGGCUUCAGUCUGUUACUGGGGAAUAACCUCCUCACCUGCUUCCAAUUACCCCGAAUCAGCCGAGAAGUUGACAAGUACUGGUUAAUUUCCACUGUGUUCUGGGUUACGGUCCUCCUUCCUUCGUUGUUGCAGUUCACUGUAUACGACAAACAUAGAUGCUCCAUAUGAAACCCAUUAAGGGAACACUGAGUUUAGACUAACUGGUCACAGAUAAAUAAACACGUCUUCAUUAAAGAUGUUUAAUGUGUACAAAUAUGAGUAGAGAAGAAACUGAACUCCACCACGACCUCAGCAGCAAAGCUCUGUUCACAAGGAGACGGAGAAAACAAGAACUCCAUCAUCUCUCAAACAUCUUGUUCUCUGCUCUGUGACUCUGCGGUGUUCUCCCUCUGGACACAUUGAAACAACAAAGCAUGACACAA